AUGUCGGGGAAAAUGACAUUGUACAAGUUGGUGGUCUUGGGCGACGGAGGUGUUGGCAAAACGGCCCUUACCAUUCAGCUCUGCCUCAACCACUUCGUCGAAACCUACGAUCCAACUAUCGAGGACUCCUACCGCAAACAAGUCGUCAUCGACGGUCAGUCAUGCAUGCUCGAAGUGCUGGACACCGCGGGCCAAGAAGAAUACACCGCGCUGCGAGACCAGUGGAUCCGUGAUGGUGAAGGUUUCGUUCUCGUCUACAGCAUCACAUCGCGCGCUUCCUUUUCGCGCAUUACCAAGUUUUACAACCAGAUCAAGAUGCUACCUGGCCUCCCCGAUGAACACCUCGGGCGCCCCCCCUUACCCGUGCCUGUGAUGCUCGUCGGCAACAAGAGCGACAAGGCGGUCGAGCGCGCCGUUUCCGCCCAGGAAGGUCAGGCCCUCGCCAAGGAGCUCGGCUGCGAAUUCGUCGAAGCGUCAGCGAAAAACUGUAUCAAUGUCGAAAAGGCCUUUUAUGACGUCGUCCGCAUGCUGCGGCAGCAGCGACAGCAGGCACAGGGCGGUCGGGGUCAGGACCGUCGUCCGACUGGCUUCGGAUCGGGACGCGACCGUAACGCAGAGGCCGAGUACCCCAAGCCUUUUCGGACAGACCGAACACGGCAUCGCAGUCGGCUGCAGUGUGUUCUCCUGUGA